AAUCCAAAGGAAAUCCGACACACAACGCGCGACAGAUCGGUCGAGUGGAGUCAGCGCCGCCGGGCCGGUCGCGGUCGCGGUCGGAUCCCCUUGCUUCCCCGUUCCCCCGCCGCUCCGCCCGCCUCCUCUCCUUCGAUUCGUUGCUUCCCGCUUCAAAUCCUUGUGCGCGCGCCGCGCCAAGCCAACCACCCUUUCUUUCCCAUGGCUUCCGACGCCCCGACGCAGCAGCCGGCGCCCCAGCAGAAGCCUACAAGGGUCUCGCUGUCCUACGAGGAGAUCUCCAAGCUCUUCUCGCUCCCCAUCGCCGAGGCGGCCUCCAUCCUCGGAGUCUGCACCAGUGUCUUGAAGAGGAUCUGCCGCACCCACGGGAUUGUUAGGUGGCCCUAUCGUAAGCUUGUUUCUGGGAAAGCUGGGGAUGAUACAAAAGGUCCUGAUAGAGACAAAGCCAAGGAACUCCUUGAGUUAUCAAAAAUCGUGAAACAAAAGGCUUCCAGUGCAUCAGGCCCAUCAAUAGUGUCAUCAAGCACUUCCCAAGGAGCGGCAAAGUCUCAACAGGGCAGUUCUAAGGCAGGACAAAUUUCAGUUUCGCCCCCAGCAGGUAAGCAGAACACAUCACCAAGCUUGGCCCACGGUAGCCAAGCCAAGGCCAUCCCUAGUUAUAUGGAUGAUUUCAAGUACGGAUUCCCGUCAUCUGGCUUGUCUUGUGAAACGAUGAAAUGGUGGGGCACAAGCAGCGACACAGACUGUGUGCCUGCCAAAGAUGGAAGCCAUGAAGCCCAUGAUUUAACAACGCAUGAGCCGUCAAAGGGCAUGACUGAUGAUGACGAGUUGGACUGGGGAGCAGAUGAAGCAGAAGCGGAAGCUGAAGCUGAUGGUGCUGUUACAGCAGAAGCGUCGGCGCAGCUGUGCUCCCUAAGAAGGAAAGCAGUAGAUGAUGGACGCAAGCUAUUGAAUGGCGGCAACCGCAGGGGCCAAGAAUUUUCUAGGCUGAACAAAAGGCAGAAGCUAGUGCUGGCCCAGGUAUUUGGGGCUUCACUGCCAGAUGUUGUAUUUCUUGUGUCUAGUGAGUGAAGGGCAACUGUAGCUGCGUUUUCCCUCCCUCUCCAGGUCCUCAUGUAAUAUGACCCAUUAUUAGCUAGAAGUGUGAAAUCUUCUCAUUGGAUUCAAGAAUGGCAGGAGCUUGUUUUGUCUUCCUAUCAUACAAGUCAUUGCUGCCGCUUUUCUCUACGUAUUUUCUCUUAUCUCCCAUGUGUGUACGAGGAGAGCACCUUAUGUUAUAUAUUUGAAUGCACGCCAUUCCAUUCCA